ACAGCCUUUGCUCUCGUCUGCCUCCAUCCUCCUGCUCUGCUACUCUCCCACCCCCUCCGAGGUGCUCCGCCUGCUCGGCAGCUCUUUGCCUCUUUGCUCCUCUCGUUUCCUCACCACCGCCCUCGUCGAGCCGCCGAGCAUUCCCCUGAGCGCUGAUGGAGCAGCCGGAGAUUAAGUUUUGUUCGCCGGAGAUGGAGCAGACGGGGCUGUUUUGGGCGCCGGUGCAGCAAGAGGAGCAGGGACUGGAUGGCCACCUCGGCGAUCUGCAGUUCAGCCUCGCGAGCGGCACUGCCUGCGAACUCCAGAUGGAGAAUUAUCAAGCGCAAGAUGAUGAUGCCCUGUUCGUCCUACAACUUCUGGAAGAGGCAGACCUGGAUGAAUGGUUAUCAGGUGGUUUACAUCAAUCUCCUUUACAGGACACAGUGAGCCAUCAUAAGAUGGAAGGUAGAAAAAGUGGUCGAAGAGGAAUGCGUAAGAGAAGGAUAUCUCCAUGGGACACAUUCAUCUUCGGAGGAACAACUUUAGGAAGGAACAGAAAAUACAUAACUAGAAAAAACAAUAGCCGUUGGACAGGUAAAGAAGUGAAAUUACUGGUACAGGGUGUAUCUAAAUUUGGAGUUGGACGAUGGAGUGAGAUGAAGAAGAAAUAUUUCAAAACAUCAGUUAGGACAUCAGUAAACCUUAAGGACAAGUGGCGAAAUUUGUUGAGAGCUUACCAGGAAAAUGUACAAAAAUAUACGCUGCUGGAUCUGGAGCCACCAUUGGUCGAACAGAUCAGGAAGCUGGCAGCCAAACAUCCAUAUCCGAAACAAAGGCACAAUUGGUACAUUUAGAAAUCAAAGUACAACAGAAUCCAUCUUUUCAAAAGCAUCUAGAAUCGGCCGUCAAUUUGACAAUUUGGAGAGCAAUCCUUCAGCAGGACAUGAAUAUUGAAAGAAUGGUAUUUUUUCCUUCUUUUUCAGAUCUUUAUUUUAUUUGAUAACUCAACCAUUUUGUAUUUUAUAUAUUAGUCCAACACUGCCCUCAGCUCUCUUCAACAGUAAUCCUUCAACAAAAGAAGUUUGAACUCUGAAGUGAUCUCCCUGUGCUGUAUUAUUUUUACGGUCUAGGUCCACGUAUGCCAUGUGCACCAAAGUUAUACUCUGAUAAAGUUUGUCCUGCUCUUUGCAUAUCAGGUCUCUGGCCUCUAUGGCUCAAAUGCUCAUGUUUAUGCUACUG